CAGUGGCCAGUCUUGUUUUGUUUUUGUUUUUCUAGGUACUUGUUUGGUGUUUUGGCAUCUAUUCGUUUGCUUCUUCAAACAAACCCUGUAAUUAUUGUAAUCAAUUGAAUGAAUUAUUGAUCUCUCUUUGCUGCUUUAUGUGCCGUUUUGCAUACCGAAGCCACAUCCCCGGGGGAGCACUGGAGAACUUUGUCUGAUCUAGCUUGCGUCCACUGGUUAACCUACUGGUUAACCGUUGGACUCCAUAUCAAACCACCAGGAUUGAUCCAGUAAAAAUGCCUGCCAUCAUCAUAGAAAGACCGGAAUGCAAGGAGGAAAUGUGGAAAGCUCUUCGGCUACAUAUAAUUCAAAGUCGUCGUAAGAAAAAAGAAGAGUUAGCUGAGGAAGAAGCAGAGGAGAGGCAACGGAAACUUCAAGAAGAACAGUAUAAGAAGGAUAGAAUGACCUUGGGAGAAACUAAAAAUCAAAUCCAUUGUUUAGAAUCUCACUUAAGAAAAUUGAAAGAUGAUAAACAUCAGUUAUUUUUGCAGCUGAAAAAGGUACUUAAUGAAGAAAAUGCCAGUCGCCAUCGCCGUGCAAGAGUUGAUAUGAGUGAACACAAUCAGCCCUAUUCUCUAGUGUCACUGAGUGGAAACUCUAACGCAACGGGGCACCAGCAGCAACUUCUUCUUCAGCAACACAACACCCCUCAACUUCCUCUCAGGGUCUUUAAAGUAGGACACAACCCUGGGGAAAUUAUGGCUCCUGUAAAUGUGGUAGAAGAUAGUCGUCGAGGCCUUGGCGAGUACGGUGGUCGUGCAGUGCUGUGGAACAAGAGACAUCCUGAGGCAGGAUUCUACCCUGGGCCCCACCCAAGUCAGCUGUACACCACCCAGGUGAUUCCCAAUGUGGCACCUCACCACGUGGCACCACCCUCUGCAGCCCCACCCACCUCUGUGGCCGCGUCAGCCAUCACCACCACGGAGCGAGAGCGAGAGAGGGAGCGCGAGCGGGAGCGGGAGCAGCGCGAGCGGGAGCGCGAGCAGCGUGAGAACAGAGAGCGGGAGCGAGAGAGGGAGCGUGACGAUCCCCCCGUGAGCAAACCGGGUCACGUGCAGUUCAUUCCCCAGGCGAGGGCCCCUACACAUACCCCUUAUCAAGACAAGUUUUAUCCUGUGAGGCCAGCGACACAUGUGCCUAUUCAUGGUGGUGUUAUCCCCAUUCAGAAUCAACUCCAGGGUGCCAAGACUGGGAGCAUAACAAGCGGCUACCCGGUGCGCUCGCCAGCGCCGCCCUCGGCGCCGUCCUCGCAGCACGCGUCCCCGCACGCGUCGCCGCAGCCGCCGCCCCGGCCCGCCACGUUCCAGCCGGCCGGCCCCGUCAUCAGCUCUCAGUCUGUGGCGAUCUAUCCACACCGGCUGGUGAGCAUCCCCAUCACGAGUGCUCCUUCCGGCAUACCCUCAUCUCUCGGGCAUCUGGCGAGCCAUCCCAACAGCCAUCUCCCGUCCAGCCACCCCUCCAGCUACCCUCCGCCUGGAACGCACACGUCCAGUCACACGCCGACGAACCACGUGACCAGUCAUCCUCAUCCCACCAGCCACGCCCUGAGUCACUCGUCGGGACACACACUGCCUCACCAUGGCAGCCACUCAAGCCAUCCAAGCCACCCACCAAGCCACACCACUCACCCCUCGAGCCAUGUAGCUAGCCACCCGCCUGGUCACGGCAGCCACCCUCACUCACUCGGCCACGCGUCUGUCUUGCAUUCCUCGCAUCAGCAGGUACACGUCAAUGUCUCUCAAGGGCAUCAGGGACAUCAAUUACCACUUAUCCGUCUUACUAUGUCUAAUAUGCCUAGGGAAUCAUAAUUGAUUGUUGUCUUUUCCUCCGAUCAAAGUUUGUUGGUUUUGUAUCUGUUACAAUUUUUGACUUAGACAAACUCUUUGAUACUAACAGUUUAAAAUGUGUGUAAAAUGUUAUAAGGUUAUUAAAUGUGGUGUAUUUGAGCAAA